GGUGCGGGUGACGUUUGUGGUGCAGGUGACGUCCGUGAUGCGGGUGACGUCCGUGGUGCGGGUGACGUCCGUGAUGCGGGUGACAUCCAUGAUGCGGGUGACGUCCGUGGUGCGGGUGACGUCCGUGAUGCGGGUGACGUCCGUGAUGCGGGUGACGUCCGUGAUGCGGGUGACGUCCGUAAUGCGGGUGACGUCCGUGAUGCGGGUGAUGUCCGUGGUGCGGGUGACGUCCGUGGUGCGGGUGACAUCCAUGAUGCGGGUGACGGCCGUGAUGCGGGUGAUGUUCGUGGUGCGGGUGACGUCCGUAAUGCGGGUGACGUCCAUGGUGCGGGUGACGUCCGUGAUGCGGGGGACGUCCCUGAUGCCGGUGACGUCCGUGAUGCAGGUGACGUCCGUGGUGCGGCUGACGUCCGUGGUGCGGGUGACCUCUGUGGUGCGGGUGACGUCCCUGAUGCGGGUGACGUCCGUGAUGCGGGUGACGUCCGUGGUGCGGGUGACGUUUGUGGUGCAGGUGACGUCCGUGAUGCAGGUGACGUCCGUGGUGCGGGUGAC